UUUUAUUUUUCAAAGAAAAUUAAAUGAAAAAGGUAAAGAAGGUGAGAAGGGGUUGGUGGUAUUAUUCUUGUUUUCUGUUGAUUUCUUCUUCUUCCCAAACAACCCAAAGUCUAAGUUUAUCCGGUUUAAUAUCCGCUUUUGGUGUAGACUGCCACUACAGCAGUUCUAUAAGAACUACAAGUAUACCGCAAUUCCGCGAUGUGGGAGUUAAAAUGUACAUCUCCUCCAACAACUUUCCCCCCCACUCUCACUUUCCCCCUAAAUCUUCGCAACCAAACACACUAUCAUCACACUCCUCAACAUCGCCGCUUUCCUUCUCUUUCAGUUAAUUGUCGUGCCAUCACUGCGCAAAAACCAUCCAUUAUGUCUGAUGACAGAAUGCUUGUAUUUGUGCCCCCACAUCCGUUGAUCAAACAUUGGGUUUCUGUUCUUAGGAAUGAGCAAACUCCUUGUGCUGUUUUCAAGAAUGCGAUGGGUGAGUUGGGCAGGCUGCUUAUGUAUGAGGCUUCAAGGGAUUGGUUGCCAACUAUUGCUGGAGAAAUUCAAACACCUAUGGCUGUUGCCGAAGUUGAAUUUGUUGAUCCAAGGGAGCCUGUGGCGGUGAUUCCUGUUUUAAGAGCUGGUCUUGCACUUGCAGAGCAUGCAGCCUCAAUUCUACCCUCAACAAUGACCUAUCAUUUAGGUCUCGCCAGAGAUGAAGAAACUCUUCAACCAACUGUCUAUUUGAAUAGGUUGCCGGAAAAGUUUCCUGAAGGGACUAGAAUAUUAGUUGUUGAUCCAAUGUUGGCAACAGGUGGAACAAUCGUUAAAGCUAUCGACCUUAUAAAAGAGCGUGGUGCUGGAAACAAACAAAUUAAAGUGAUAUCCGCUGUUGCUGCUCCUCCGGCACUCUCAAAGCUCAGUGAGAAGUUUCCCGGGCUUCAUGUAUACACUGGAAUCAUCGAUGAAGUUGUUAAUGAGAAGGGGUUUAUUGUACCUGGACUUGGGGAUGCUGGAGAUCGUAGCUAUGGUACAUGAAGCGAUUCGAGUUGUCUUCAGGCAAUGAUGCUAUACUGAAAACAUAAUCUAUCUUUGAAGUUUUGAUAUUUUACUUUCUUGCGAUCAACUCGCAAUAUUGAUUUAUGGGAGUGCAACUUGGUGUAUGUUGGAUCAAGCGUUUAGUUUUUGCUUGUAUUUUUUUCAAGUAAACAACAAACCUUUGCUCUAUUUUCCCUUUUUUUCUUUUUUAAGGAACUUGAUGAUGUAACAUUUCAUUAUAAAAAUUCAAUAGCCAAUCAUAGCAUUCUUUCUA